CUCCUCUCGCGAGAUUAGCAGCGCUCUCGUGUUGUUGUUGUUGUGGUGAUGAUGGCGGCAGGCGCAGAGGCCCCGGACUCCUGGUAUCUCGCUCUGCUCGGUUUCGCCGAACAUUUCCGGACCUCCAGUCCUCCCAAAAUCCGCUUGUGUGUGCACUGCCUGCAGGCCGUCUUCCAGUUCAAGCCGCCGCAGAGAGUGGAGGCCCGCACGCACCUGCAGCUCGGCUCGGUGCUCUACCACCACACGAAGAACAGCGAGCUGGCCCGCACGCACCUCGAGAAAGCGUGGCUCAUCUCACAGCAAGUGGCACAGUUUGAGGAUGUGAAGUUUGAGGCGGCGAGUCUCCUGUCGGAGCUGUACUGUCAGCAGAACUUGGUUGAUUCGGCGAAACCGCUGCUGCGGAAGGCCAUCCAGAUCUCACAGCAGACCCCCUACUGGCACUGCAGACUGCUCUUCCAGCUGGCGCAACUGCACACGCUGGAGAAGGACCUGGUGUCGGCCUGUGAUCUGCUGGGGGUCGGUGCUGAAUACGCCAGAGUCGUGGGAUCCGAGUACACCAGAGCUCUCUUCCUGUUGAGCAAAGGCAUGCUGCUGCUGAUGGAGCGUAAGCUGCAGGAGGUUCAUCCGCUGCUGACUCUCUGCGGACAGAUCGUGGAAACUUGGCAGGGAAACCCCAUCCAGAAGGAGUCGCUGCGAGUGUUCUUCCUGGUCCUGCAGGUCACACAUUACCUGGACGCCGGACAGGUGAAGAGCGUCAAGCCGUGUCUGAAGCAGCUGCAGCAGUGCAUCCAGACCAUCUCCACGCUCCACGACGAUGAGAUCCUGCCCAGUAACUCGGCCGAUCUCUUCCACUGGCUGCCCAAAGAGCACAUGUGUGUCCUAGUCUACCUGGUGACGGUCAUGCACUCGAUGCAGGCUGGGUAUCUGGAGAAAGCUCAGAAAUACACUGAUAAAGCCCUCAUGCAGCUGGAGAAGCUGAAGAUGUUGGACUGCAGCCCCAUCCUGUCCUCGUUUCAAGUCAUUCUGCUGGAGCACAUCAUCAUGUGUCGUCUGGUGACGGGACACAAGGCCACGGCGCUGCAGGAGAUCUCUCAGGUGUGUCAGCUCUGUCAGCAGUCUCCACGGCUCUUCUCCAAUCACGCGGCUCAGCUCCACACGCUGCUGGGCCUGUACUGUAUCUCUGUUAACUGUAUGGAUAACGCUGAGGCCCAGUUCACUACAGCGCUGCGGCUCACCUCCCAUCAAGAGCUGUGGACCUUCAUCGUCACUAACCUGGCGAGUGUGUACAUCAGAGAGGGAAACAGACAUCAGGAGCUGUACAGUCUAUUAGAGCGGAUCAACCCGGACCAAAACUUCCCCGUCAGCUCUCACUGUCUGCGCGCCGCUGCCUUCUACAUCCGAGGCCUUCUGUCCUUCUUCCAGGGACGCUACAAUGAAGCCAAGCGUUUCCUGCGCGAGACGCUGAAGAUGUCGAAUGCGGAGGAUCUGAAUCGUCUGACGGCCUGCUCUCUGGUGCUGCUGGGACACAUAUUCUACGUGCUGGGGAACCACAGAGAGAGUAACAACAUGGUGGUUCCUGCGAUGCAGCUGGCCAGUAAGAUCCCAGACAUGUCUGUGCAGCUCUGGUCAUCCGCUCUGCUCAAGGAUCUCAACAAGGCCUGCGGGAACUCCAUGGACGCACAUGAAGCAGCACAGAUGCACCAGAACUUCUCCCAGCAGCUCCUGCAGGACCACAUCGCCGCCUGCAGCCUUCCAGAACACAACCUCAUCAGCUGGACUGAAGGCCCUCCUCCUGUGCAGAUUCAAGCUCAGAACGGACCCACCACCAGCCUGGCCAGCCUGCUUUAAACACACACACACGGGACGAGCGAGACGCCGCUGCCUUUCACCUCUUCUAUUGUUCAGAUUUUAACUUAUUGAGUUGUUCACAGUUUACGUCUUUUGGUGCGUUUGAUUGGCUGUGUUCAGAGCGAGGACAGACGGGGGUCAGAGGUCACAGCAGAUCUGUGUUUGACUCGUGUGACCGCAGUGUUGGUGUCCUGCUCCUCAUCUUCUCUCUGUUCUGUUGUCGUCACACAUGGUUCCUCAGACGGGUUUAGCUGUACUAGUUACUGCGUCGCUCAGUGUGUGAGGAUCUGUAACGAGUCGCUAGCAGCAGCCUCCUCAGACCGACCCUGACCUGAACUCACAGCAACUCUUCAAACAGCAUUCACCACUAAAUAAAACAGAUUUCAGUCAGAAGAAUCAAGCCUGAUUUUAGGAUAUUUUUUGCGUUGUCGUUUUUAACCCCUAAAUUCUCAGUAUUGUAAUCUUAAUUUGGUUGACAUUUAUUUAAAUUAUUAAUGCAUUAUGGUAGUAUUUGUUGUGCUUCCUUUAAUUUAUGCUGGUUCAAGUAAAUCUUUACAGGACUUGUGCAUUUACAAAAAACAAUCUUCAAACAGGCUUCACUUUCAUUUGAUUUUCCAUGAUUUCGGGGUGUUUUCGUGAGACAGAGAAUGUGGGUCACAGGAAGCGGGUGUCAUGUGACCAGCAGAGGGCGCCUGGUGUCUCGCUUCUGUUCAGAGGAGCAGGACUUCAGCAUAAACCCUUGAAUCUGAGGAGCGGAUCUCACAGCUGUUUGUGAGUCUGUGAUGUGUGACGACAGUCUCCAGUUUUCUAUGCGCUGAUAUUUUACACGCGUCUCAUUUUGUGCUCAGAACACGUUUGUUUUGUUCUCGCACGUCUCAUGUUUUACUCUCUGUACAAACGCUGUGAGUCUUUUCUUUUAAAGGUAUUAACCUCUUUUCUUCUGUAGUUUUAACAAAUACAUUUAUUAGAUUUUGUAAAUUUUGAAUAUUUAUAUACUACAUUUAACAAUAUUAUAAUCUUUGUCAUUAUUUUGCUUUGGAAUAGCCCUGGUUUGUAUAAAUGUGAUGAGAACUGUGGUUUCUGUAGUUCAUCAGACGCUUUGAUCGUUGGGUAAAGUUCAUUCUGCUCUCGGAUCAGCCGCCGCUCUUUCUAAUAACUGUAUUUUUAAACUCAUUUUAUUUCUUUGUGUCUGCUUCAAAAUCAUCAGGAUUUUUUUUUAAAUAAAAUUGGAGGUGUAUGAAG